UUUUUAAUCUCACCUAUCAUUUUAAUUUUUUUAUUUUUAAAUAUAUAAUUUAUUUUUUCUUUUUAUUUAUCAAAAAUAUGUAUUUCUCAUUACUCGAAAUCUAUGGGGACAGAGAGUAAGUGUAAAUGGUGCAGGUCUGACAAAAACUACAGCUUGCAAUUUACUGUAAACACUAAAUAUCCACCCAUGCCCAUUUGGUAUUUCCCAUUGCCCAAUACCCAACUCUGCAACUCAUCUCUAUUUAUGCACCCUUUCAUCACUUGUCUUUUCCACCCAUCCUUCCACAAUCUUCCUUCAAGUAACUUCUUUUGGUGUUGUUUUUACACACUUUCUUUCAUUUUUCCACUUCUUCAUAAUAACAUAAAUACUCCUCAUUCUUAUGGCUUGCUUACAUGUUUUCUUCUCCCUCCUUAUUUUACUCUUUUUGGUUGCUACCAAGGGUGUUGAAGUCACACCCCCAGCUCCUCAGAGCUAUCAGCCACCCAAGGCUCCUGUGAUUGCCCCUUAUCCCCCUAAGGCACCCAUAGUUGCCCCAUACCCGUCCAAGUCACCCGGAGUUGCUCCAUACCCACCCAAGUCACCCGUGGUUGCUCCUUACCCUCCCAAGUCACCCGUGAUUGCCCCUUACCCACCUAAGUCGCCCGUUGUUGCCCCUUACCCGCCUAAAGCGCCCGCUGUUGCCCCUUACCCGCCUAAGGCACCCGUGGUUGCCCCUUAUCCGCCUAAGGCACCCGUGGUUGCCCCUUACCCGCCUAAAGCGCCUGUGGUUGCCCCUUACCCACCUAAGGCUCCGAUAGUUGCCCCAACUACUCCAUACUAUGGCCAUUUGCCACCAGUUAAGAAAGAAGAUUGCGUGCCACUAUGUGAGAAAAGGUGUUCGUUGCACUCGAGGAAGCGACUAUGCGUAAGGGCAUGCUCGACUUGCUGCUUGAGAUGCAAGUGUGUACCACCAGGAACUUACGGAAACAAGGAAGUAUGUGGUAGGUGUUACACAGAUAUGACUACCCAUGGAGGCCGACUAAAGUGCCCUUAAAUUGUAGGACUAUGUAUUGGAAUUGGUACCCUAAGCAAUCAGUAGUACUUAAAUAAUAGUCCCUAAUGGGAGGUACCAUGCUUUAAUUUUGUCGACAUAUGAGUGUUUGAUGUGGCCUAUCUUAUUACUGUCCAAAGAUUUGUUAGGAGAUUUUUGUAUGUCGGUUGUGUGGCUUGGCUUUUUUAGAUUCUCAUGGCGAUGAAGUUUUCAAAUAUAUAAUAGAUCUAUGAUCGAUGUAUUAGUUUCAUAUUAUGGUAUAAAUUAUAAUACGGUGUGUAUUUGUUACUCUCUCUGUUUUAUAAUACUUGCACUUAUUUUUUGUGGUUGUUUUA